AAAGUGAAUCAGUCAUACGUAUACAUAUAUCCACUCUUUUUUAGAUUCCCUUCCCAUUUAGGUCACCACAGACCACUGAGUAGAGUUCCCUGUGCUAUACACUGGGUUCUCAUUAGUUAUCUAUUUUAUACAUAGUGGUGUAUAUAUGUCAAUCCCAAUCUCCCAGUUCACCCCCCUCCCCCAUUUUGAUUUUAAAUGCGUUCUUUUCUUUAAUGGUUAACGCAGCUGUACAGUGUACAUUUGACAGGCCAUAAGGCAGGCUGUUCUGGUUAGCAUAAAGUUCAAGUCAAAUCAUGUAUCAGCCAGAAGGACUUCCCCAUACCUCAACAUAUGAAAAUUUCUUCCAUCAUAACUUACAUCUCGAUAUAGAAAAAUAAAAUUAAAAGGAAAAACAAAGAAUGGUGGCCUCUCCAUGACAGAUGGGGAAACUGAGUCACCAGGGAAUGGUGUCACACAAUGUUUUUCAGAUUUCCCUGGAGAAGGGACUUCCCUGGCGGACCGGCGGUUAGGACUCGGUGCUUUCCCUGCCUUGGACCUGGGUUCAAUCCCUGGUCGGGGAGCUAAGAUCCCACAAGCCUCUCGACCAGAAUUGGAAUCCUACUGUUUCUAAGCUGCCUCAUUAACAUCUUGUGUUUGCUAUGAAAUCCGCAUGGAAUGCCUAAUCCUUCUAGACAGUCUGUACUGAGGCAAGAAGGGGCUCUUCAUGACUUUACAGGGCUCCGUGCGGGUGGGAGCUCGGAAGCCCAGCCUUCUGGUUUGUCCUUGCUAGCAUCUACAGCUAGCCUUGAGGGCUGUUUCACACUCAGGCAACUCUUUCCCUAAACUUCUUUUAGCUUCCAUCCUGUAACUCUCGAGGGCCAUAGAACAAUUUCCCCAUAAUGAAGAUAUUAGAGUUUUUUUGUUUGUUUGUUUGCACAGCGCAGCAAGCGGGAUCUUAGUCCCCCGACCAGGGAAGCACGGAGUCUUAACCACUGGACCGCCAGGGAAGUCCAAAAUGAAGAGAAGUGAGGCGGGCAGACACCCGGAACCGUUGUUCGCGGGUGUUUGUUUCCAGCCGGGGCGGAUUUCUGGGGCCGCGUCUGGCCGAGAUGGAGGCAGGAGUGGGAGCCGUCUCCGGGCUCUCCGAGUCCAUCACCCCGCGCGUCGGACAUCCUGGGGCCGCCCCUCGAGCCGCUUCCCACCGCGCUCGGACCCGAGAGACCUCCGCACCGCGAGCCGGCGCCGGGAGCUGUGUGAUGUAGACCAAGUCGUUGCCCCUCCCAGUGCCUGGGAGCCAGUCGGAGCCCAGUUUCCGCCCAGCUGUGCUGUGUGAGCCUUUGCAAGCGGCGUAACCUCUCUGAACCCUGGUUGUCAGCUCCGAAGUGGUGAACGGUUGUCUGCGUGGAAGAUUUGACAAAAGAGCACGGGCACGGUCUGGCUUAUUUCUGUGUCGCCCCAUUUCCACCCACCACCCUCACCCUUUACUCAAUAAACAUUCCGCACUCCA